AUGGAUUACUUAAAAAUAUUUGUCAACUCAGCCAAUCCAGAUCUCGCUCACACGGGAAAUCAAAAUGAGGAAACGGAUCCAACCACUUACGCAACUGCUUCUGCUCCGAUGGAAAGCUCAAAUGCAGGUAGCACAACUCUCGACAGCGAAGAGUGUCACCAUCCCAGUAGCUCAGACUUUGAUGCAGCAUGCCAGCCGGAAUCUCCAGCACCUGUGGCUUGCAACGAUUAUAACAAUCAUCAGGAGAAUCAGCAUCAGCAAAAUCAGCAUUCACGAACCAGUUCAUCAGGCUUACAAAUGAAAACAUCAUCGCCGACAUUGCCGAAUUCGUUGAAUCGAGAAGCUGCUAUUGAAAAAAUGGAGAAUUAUUUCAGUCGCAGUACUCCGGAACAAAUUCGACGCUACAUGCAGCGCUUGCGACAGACUGUAAAUCGUCGUCUUGCUGAGGAGGCGGUGGAUCUGAUUGCGACAUUGGGCAGUGAUGAAUGCUCGCAGUUUCUGAAUGAAAUUGAUGAUGAUGCUAGUGGUACCACAGAAUGA